AUGUAUGAUAUAGAAUAUGACACAAUGAAUGAUGAAACUGGUCCUUUACCUUCUCAUGACAAGAUAUCCAAGAAGACUAGUGAUAUAUACAAGCCAGAGAUGGGUAGACAAGUCAAAAUAGAAGACAAACCUGGUAUAGAUGCUUCUCUUGAAGAGCCAAAAUCUAAGUUCCUUUGA